AUGGCUGAGCUGCCCCAGCCUGAGAAAUGUUGGCCAACCAUCCUCCAAGGAUGGUGUUCCACCCAGCAAGAAACAGCCCAUUCUACCAGUUUAGAAAAGGCCCAGAAACUGACCGUCACCAACUUGAAGAAGGUCGGAGUUAGCGAUUCCGUCUUUGUGAAGGGGAAGGUGGCGCCCGAAGCCAAGAGAUUUGCCAUCAACUUGGGCCGAGAUAACUCAAACAUGCUGAUUCACUUUAACCCUCGCUUUGACGAAAAUGUGGUUGUGUAUAACACCAGGAAGGAUGGAAAGUGGGGUUCAGAGACACGGGAUCAUCACUUCCCAUUCAAGCAGGGAGAAAUCACGAGGCUCACUUUCACCUUAAACAGCGGUGAGGUAACAGUGAAUUAUCCUGACGGCCAUCGGUUUGAUUUCAAAAGACAAAUAAACCUGGACUAUGUCGAGUACAUCUCAGCGGCAGGAGACUUCGAGGUCCAAUCUAUCGACAUCAAAUGA